AUGGGAGCCUCGAUAUUACCGCAGAAGCGGCUGCUUGCCGGCCCGAAACAGAACGGAUGGUUUUCCGUUUCUGACGCGUCCGGAGGGACUCUGGCCUUCUCAGGAGCGUCCGGUCGGAGCGACUCGGCUUUUUCCAGUCGAAGCCGCAACGGUAGCGUUAACGGGACGGCUAACGGAACGCAUAACGGAGUGCAUUCGGGGGAUCUCGCAGCAGCGGGGACGGCGUUAGGGUUACAGUCUGUGGUUCUGUCGUGUAGCCGCAGUGCCGCCGAACGAGCGAAUCGCUUGGCAUUUCAGACGAGUGCGUCCGAUAGAGGGCCUGAUUCGUUCAAAGAGCCCGACUCGGUAAAAGGACCCGACUCGUUUCGCUGUAGCGUUCGUCCUCUGGCCUCCAGUGCUACUGCUGAAGAGUCCUCCGACCUCCCAAGCAUCUUUCAAGAGUCGGUGGCGAAGGACGUAACGCCGAGUCUGGCGUUCUCUAGCCGUUUGCUCUCGCCUUCUCGCAACCGGCAGCGGUCGCAGAGGAAGCAUGGCGAGGCGCUAGCGCAAGCAGGAGGUAGAGACGUGUGCAUCGGAGACGCGCUGAAGAGCGACGACGGACGGAAGGACACGCGCAGUCGCAGCCCGCAUGGUCAUGGCAGGGUGUCGCACAAGGAGUCGGAUAGAGUUUCGCCGGAGUCGUACAAGUAUUCGCACGGGCAGUCGCACAGGGAGUCUCAUGUCGCGCAUCAGGAGCGAGAAUCGCAGGGCGCCGGGUUAGUAAAGAGUACAAAGCCGCAUUCUGACGUUAACCGCUGUGAUUCAGAGCAGCGAAAGGCGACAGACGGGGAUAGCUCGUUUCCGCGAGGGCAGCGAUUCCAGCAGCAGCAAUGUGACGGGCGAUUACCCGCAGAGGACGCAGGGACAGGGGACUCGGGUAUGGGGACUGGUGAAGGUGCCAAGGGCGAACGUGGGAGUUGUCUGUCGUUAUCCGUUGCAGAUCUGAAGGCCAAAACGACCCAAGGGAAGACUCGAGGUUAUCAGGCCGCUGGAGCCUAUGCUGAGCAGCAGUCGAUUCGUAACGCAGAGGCAGCGGCAGAGCGGAUAUCCUUUCACAGCAGCUUAUUACCUGACCCCACGGCAGCAGAAAACUCCCCAGCGGCAGCAGCGGUUCACGAGCUGGUCUUCAAAGCGAAAUCAAUCACGCCAUCACACCAAUUACUCGCCGAUAACGACAUUCCCAGGCGAAUAGGGUUACCACUGGUCAGCCACGCGCUGAUGGACUGCGGGAAUUUUCUCUACCCUCCGUUGAAGAAGGCUCGAGCUACCAGAGAACCCAAGUUUCGCAAGCCCAACGGGAGCCGAGUACUAGGCCUGGCCGAACCUCCGUGCUGCACAGGCUCGGAACCGAACCUGUCGUUGAGCCUGUCCUUGCAAGACCGCAAAACCGAGCGUGAAUCGCCACCCGCCCCGCUGUCUGUAACCACGCCUCGCGCUGAUAAGCACAACGGAUUAUCAGGGGAGAGCCAGCCCGCUCGCCCCAGCACGCCGGUUCCCCCCGCUACUCCGUCCUUCUCGCUUCUGGAAGGCCCUCUGUCGUUUUCCCCGAUCACGCCCGAAGGGGAACUCUCCCUUGACGAUUCCGCGACGGCUGCCCGCCUCCGAGCCGUCUCUGCCGCUCGGGCAGCCGUAGAAGCACGCGCAUUCGCCGUCAGAAAAGCGCGGGCAGCUUUACGGGCAGCUGCGAAGGCGAAGGAGGCGGUAGCGGCGGUGAUUGACGCGGAGAAGCACGAACGGGCAGCAGGAGAGGAAGCGAGCCAUAGCUUCCCAGUCAAAGGUGUAAAUGGGUAUCUGGGGGCUGAUGCUGUGGGGACGGGCGAUUUAGUGGCGGGAGGGGAGUUGGACGGUACAGACGUGUCCAGGAACGGUGCAGUGCGGUUUUCUUCGAGGUGGCGGCAGGCCUUAUCGGAGCUAGAGGCGCGAUGUGAACGGCUUUUAACGCGUACAGGAGCAGCAGCUGCGGAUAACGAGACAGGCGGGAGAGGCGUGACGGCAGGUGCAAAGCCCGAGGGGGACGAGGUCGGGGAAGAGCAGGGAGUCAGUGAGACUACCACGGGUUUCAGGGAGAGAGGCGAGAGUGGGGGGAGUGGUGGCUUUGAGAUUCCUUUCGAGCUCAAUCCGUCUGCAGGAAAGGAAGUGCUGGGCGCUCAUAACUCGCUCGAUUUUCGUCUGAGUGGAUCGGACGUCGCUGAUUCUGCCCUAGUGCUGGCAGUCAAGGAAGAGGAAACGACACGUGGGGAGAAGGAAAGGGGGUUGGUUCCACGAGAACGGUGCUUAGCGUGGGGUGAAAGGGAGGGAGGGGCUGCAGAUGGUGAGACGGCGGAGGACGAGCCGGGGGUGAAAAGCUCAUUGCUGGGGGUGCAAAGCGGCGAGGUGCGGCGGUGUGUGUCUUUGGACCUGGUGAUGGGCCUCGGCUGCUCGUCCCAGGGGAAAGACGGCAGUGAGGGGCGCGGAGCGAGAAGGAAAGGGCGCCGAGAAGAGGAGGAAGAGGAGGACGAGGGGGAGGUGGAGGGGGAGGGAGGUGUUGAGAUGGAGGAGCUGAGCUUGCCGCCUGUGUCGUGCGAGAGUGAGGAAUACAAGCAGCCACGGCCGCCGUUGUUACCAUCUGGUGCAGACCUGUGCAAGCCAGAUGGCGCAGAGCAUCGCAAGCCAGAUGGCGCAGAGCAUCGCAAGCCAGAUGGCGCAGAGCAUCGCAAGCCAGAUGACGCAGAGCAUCGCAAGCGGCAUUCCAAGGCUGGGAGUGGCAGCAACGAGUGGCGCAGCCGCGGAAUCAGCCCGCAUGGCCAACCAGAUGGGCUGACAGGCGCGGCGGUGGCUGUUGAGUCGACUCAAGCUUCAGAUGCGAGGGUUUCAGACAAGGCGGGUUGCGAGAGGCGAGGGCAGCAGGGGUGUGGCGACGUGGGGGAGCAGCGCGAGGGCUGCGCGUCAGCAGCUGUGUGCAGUGGGGAGGAGACACGGCAGCUGAUGCCCCGCCACUGGGUUUUCUGCAAUGCUGCCGCAAACAGCAGUUUCCCUUCCGCGGAUGGCCGUGCUGCUGCUGCAGAUGGCAAUGCUAUGGCAGCUAACAGCCCAGAUGUAUCGAGCAAUCAUGCAGCAACCAGCGUCUCCGCGAUGGCGUGCAACCGGCGUGCUACUGCGAGCUCGUCUGACCCGGGUGUGGUUGGGGACGGCGUUGAGGGGAAGGGCAGGCGAGAAGCGAGCCAGGAGGGCGGUCAGGCGUGUGGCGAGGGGUCGGCAGCAACGGGUGGGGAGACGGAUGCUGAGAAAUGCGCAGGAAGGAAUGGUGGUGGUGGUGAUGUCACUGAUGCCAGUGGGGCAGGUGGUGAGAGGAAGUCACAGGCGACCGAGUCUUGUGGGGAUGAGGGCGGACAGGCGGUUGGAGCGGACAAAAGCGCGCUCGUGGGCGAGGGGCGACGUACAGAGGGAGUGGUUUGUGCAUCAGCGGGUGUGGCCAGAGCAGCUGUUGCCGCCGCUGCUGCUGCUGCCCCGCCUGCUGCUGCCGUCGCCCCUGCUGCUGCUGCUGCUGAAGCGUCGCCAGGCUGUGCGGCAGCAGCGGGCGCGGGCACUCCGCGGCAGCGCUGCGCGUCAGACGACGAGAGGUUGGCACGGCAGCUGCACCGCGCCUUCAACAGCUCCCCGCGCAUCCUCGCCGUCCUCGCGCCCACGCCCAAACGCUCCCGCAACCCCCGCCACCCCGCUGCGCCCGCUGCUGCGCCCGUUGCGCCUGCUGCGCCAGCACCUGCGCCUGCGCUUGGGGUGCGUGGGAAGGCAGGACGAGGGGAUGCGGGAGAGGCGAAGGGGAGAGGAGAGGCGUGGGGGAAAGCAGAGGUACGGGGGAAGGUGGCAGUAAGGAGAGAUGGGGCGGCGGUGGUAGGAGAGUGUGGUGAUGAGGUUGGGAAAGCUGCUGGAAAGGGGGGUAGGGCUAAAGUGAAGGAGGAGGAGCGUGGGGUUAAAGGUGCUGGCUCUGGUGGUGCUGGUGUUGAUGGUAUUGCUGGUGUUGUUUGUGUUGGUGGUGCUGAUAGGUGUGAAGCUGCUCCCUGUGACACUCCGAUUGGCCAACCCGCUGCUGCUGCAGCUUCUCGCGCACCUUUUCUCCCUGCUCUUCCUUCUCUUCUUCCUUCUCCCCUUCCUCCUGCCGCUGCUGCUGCUGCUGCAGGCACUGCCGCGGACUCGUGCCGUCCCGCGUCUCACUCAGCGCCCCCAUCAUCUGCCGAGCCCCCCCUCCCGCCGUGCGCCACUCGCCCUGCCGCUCCGCCCUGCGCCACUCGCCCUGCCGCUCCGCCCUGCGCCACUCCCCCUGUUUGCCCCCCUUGUGCCAUACUCCGACCCAUGUCCCCCGCCCCCCCGGAUCUAGCCUGCUUACCACGCGCAGGUGACGUCAGCCCUGGCAAAGAUCCCUGCCCCACGUUGGCUGUUGCUGACGCUGAGGCAGACAGAGUGGCGGCAGAACAAGAAAAUGGGAAGAAGGCUAGGGCAGGCCUCGGGCAGACGAACGGGCAGAUGAACGGGCAGAAUGCUGGGCGGGUGGAUGGGCAGGCGAUUAGGGUUUCGGAUGUGAACCCGCAGGGCAGUGGGACGGGAGGUGAUGGUAGUGGGGGGGGAGGAUUGAACGGUCGGGGCGCGGAGGAGGGGCGUGUGCGAAAGCGAGGGGUUGGAGGGGGAGGAGGGUCAGGAGGAGGUGGUUCAGGGGGAUGGGGGGGUGGCGGAAGCUGUGGAGGGGGGAAGGCGGGUAGUAAUGGGAGGGGAGGGGCAGCAGGGGGAGGGGGAGGGGGUGGGAAUGGGACGGGGGGCGGUGCAGGGGGAGGCACUGGCGGUGCCGGGGAUGGGGGAAGAGAGGGCGGCGGAGGGGGAGGGAGAGGGAGAGCAGGGAGGGCGGGGGAUGUUGCUAGUGAGGAGGAAGAGGAGGAGGACCGAGGGCGGAAGGGAGGGAGGAAGGCGGGCAACGGCAAGGGGGGUGGCAGGAGGGGCAGCAACAGAGAGACUAGUGGGAAUGGGAGGGAUGCGAAUGCUGGCAGCAGCAGCAGCGAUGACAGCUUGAGUGACCGUGUGGAAGACGAGGGGGAGGAAGAUGAGGAGGAGGAUGAUGGAGAAAUGGACGGUUCAGAUGAUGAGAGCAGCCUCAGGCGCAGCAGCAACGCCAGCAGCCACGACGGCAGCAGCAAUGGCAGCAGCGGGAGCAGCUACAGGGAAGGGGAGGAGGAGGAAGAGGAGGAGGAAGAGGAGGAGGAAGAGGAAAAGGAGGAGAAGGAGGAGGAGGAGGAGGAAGGACUGGAGCAGAAGACGCAAAGGAAACAGCGAAGGAGCUUGAGCGGGGCUCGAAGUGCGCAGGGUGGUAGGCGAGGCUCGUGGGGGGCGUGGGAGGAGGGCGGCGGGAAGGGCAGCCGCGACAAAGGCAGGGGAGGCUCCAUCCCUAGCGACCGGGGAGAUUGGGACAGAGAGAAGGAGAGGGAGGUUAGUCCGGACGUGGGUGGUGGCGGGGCGUGGGCGAGUGAGGCGGGUCAGGAGGGUGGCGGAGGGAAAGCAGGGUUGCGAGUGAACCACCACAGAGGCAGCGGCCGGGCGUCAGAGGGACCGUCCCUCGCUUAUGGCGGAGACACGUCGCCCGUCAUUCCCGUGCCCUCGAAGGAGGCUCGGCAGCCGCGUUCACAGCUGGUUUGUCACCCGAGGCGGUUUCCGAAGCUGGCUCUAGCGGGGAUAGUGGAGGACGAGGGAGGCGAGGAGGGGAAGGAGGGAAAGGAGGGGAAGAGCAAGGGGAAGGUGAAGGAAAGCGGGUGGGAGAAGGUGAGGGAGAAGGAAGGGGAGAAGCGAGAUAGGAGGCGGAAUGGGUUGGGGGAGGAGUAUGGGGGGGAGAGGAUCAAGAGGGCAUGUGAGAAAGAGAAAGAGGGGUUGAGGAUGAGCGAGGUCGAGGGUUUUAUGCAGAAGCAGAGGGAGAAAGGGGGCGAGAUGGAGAAGCAGAAGAAGCGGGAGAAGGAGAAAUCAAGAGAACGAAGCAUUGCAGAGGAGUGGGGAGUGGUGGCGGACAGAAUGACUGAAUGGGGCGCGGGGAAAAGCAAGGGGAAGGCAGAACCGAUGGGCAGCGGCGACUGGGAGAAGGAGUGGGAGAGAGGCGCGAAGGCUGGGUCUGCUGAGAGAGAGACAGAGAGCCGAGCGAAUCACAAAGAAGGGAAGGAUGCAGGCGGGGGAAUGGCGUGCGGAAGGGCAAGCGAGAGAGGGAGGGAUCACCUGGGAGACUUGGGGAGGAGUAAGGGAAGAGAAGGCGGCAAAGAGGAAGGGUUGGGGGAAGAGAGGGAGAAGGGGCGGGCGGUUUCGGAGAAGCCAGAGGGUGUUGAGCGAUACGAAGCGGUUGAGAGAGUCAAGGACAAAGAGAACAUCCGCGGACGACUCAAGGAUGUGGGGGAUGUGGAGAGGGCGGAGAAGAGCAAGCAGGAGGAGCGGAAGAGCGAGAAGGGAAGGGGAAAGGGGCGGGAGAAUCACCUUGCAGUAAGGAGCGGAGAGGCCGGGGAGGCCUGGAUGGUUGAGUCGAAGAAAAAGGACAAGUCUGAAGGAUUUUUGGGUGGGAAACAGCAGCGGGAUGGGGUAGUGCCACAUUCGUUAGUGUCACACUCGUUAGUGCCUUCGUUACUGGCUCGUGCUACUGUGGCCCCGCAGGUGGAGGGGAAGCGGUGGCGGAAGAAGGGUAUUGUGGCGGGCCGGGCGUGGAGUGCUGUAGAGCAGGACACUAUAGAGGAUGUUCUCUUAGAGGAUAUUAGAGACCGUGACACUAAGGAGGGGAUCAGGAAGGAGAGUGCUGUGAAAGGUGCUGAAGGAAAGGAGAAAGGGAAGGUGAAGGGUAAGGGAGAGAAGGAGAAGGAGGAGAGGGAAAGAGAGAGGGGGAGGGAUGCGGAGAGGGGUGUGGUCAAGGGUGUUGGGGAGACCGGCGUGCCUCUCAGUGUGCCUCUCAGCGUGCCUCUCAGCGUGCCUCUCAGCGUGCCUCCCAGUGGUAAUGGUGGCUUGACGGCAAGCUGUAAGCGCAAGCGCAGUGCGGAGAGAAGUUUCUCGGAAGGUUCUGCCGCGGUGCGUGCGGUAUCCUGUCAUGUUGGUGGUAACCAUGUGCCGGCCAGUAACCUCUCCCACCCUGGUAACCAUAGGCAUCCUGGUAACAACGUUCAUGCUGCUGGUAACCACAUGCACACAGAUAUUCCCGCUCAGGCUGGUAACCAUCCACACGCCUGUAACCACACUGACGCUGGUAACCACACUGCGGCUGGGGCAGAUUUCGCAGUAGCAGGAGCAGCAGCAGCAGGUGGGGCUUCGAUGGGAGGAGCAGCAGCGGCAGGAGGGGUGACGGGAGGAGGAGAGCCAAUGGGGGUGGUGGAGCGGAUGGGAAGAGCACCAGUUGUACCCAGGGCGAGAAGCGCGGACACGUUUGCAGCACAGAGGAACGCGGAGGGAACAGCAGGGCAUAGGAGCGCGGAUGCGGUUUCAGGGGCUAGGAGCGUGGAUGGGAGUGGGGGGCGCAGGAGUGAGGAGGGAUUUGGGGGACCCAUGUCGCCGCCUAGGGUCAGAGCCAAGAAAGCAGAGAGUGGCAGUGGUGGGGGCGAGAGAGAAGCGAUGCGCGCGUGCCCGAGUCCCACGGGGCGAGGUGUGGCGCCCAGCAGCACUGCUUCGUCAUGGGGCGAAGCAAACAACCUCCCCCCGUGUCGCUUCGUCUCCGUUAUUUCCAUGCAAGCAACCGCCUCUGUCUCACCUGCUACUGCACUCCAAAGUUUCACCCCUUCCCUCCCAUCCGCCUGCUCCUGCUGCCCUGCCCCCGUGCCCACAUCCCCGCCCACUGCUGCUCCUCUCCCCGUGUGCCCAUUGCCGGCUGCAGCCCCUCUUUCCCCUCCAGGUACCCACACACACCAAACCCCACCACUCCAAACCCAAUCUGACGGCGUCCUCCGUUCACCAGGUCAUGCCACCUCUAACCACGACGCUCACCACUCAUUUGCCACUGCUCCGCGGCCUGCCGCCCACUGCUCUGUUCCUCUGCCUGCGGAUUCUUCCCCGCAUGCCACAGCUGCGGAAGCAGCAGCCCUAGCUCUUGACAUGUUCGCUGCUGCCGCUGCUGCUGCGGAGGCGGGUGGGCAGACAAGCAAGGAGGAGGAGGACGAGGGGGGAGGUGGGGGAAGUGACAGUGGUGGCAGCAGCAGCAGCCGAAGCGGCAGCAGGAGGCACAGGAAGAAGCAGCGUUGGGGGAAAGAGGGGAGGAGGGAUGGGAGAGAACCGGGUGGGCCUGCGUUGGAAUCUACACCGUUGGAUCGGCUCGCGUUGCUCUCAGAUGCACAGCCACGUGUCCAUGAGGAUUCGCUAGGGCGGCAGGGAGCAGCGUGGGUAGCGGCCAGAGAGGAGGGGCGGCAGGGUGCAGGGUAUGGCAUGGGCAUGGCGCUGGCUCAGCCAAGUGCGGGUGGCGCUCAGCUAAGUGCGGGUGUUGCUCAACUAUGUGCGGGUGACGCUCAGUUAAGUGCUGGCGGGGCAGCUGGGAACCAUGCUGCUUGGAGCUCAGGUGUUGGUGCUGCGGAUAGUAGUGUAAUUCAAAUAGAAGGGGAAGGAAGAGGAACAGGAGGAGGAGGAGCAGGAAGAGCAGCUGUAGAAGUUGGAGGAAGGGCAGGAGGACGAGAGAUUGUGAACGAGGAGUGUAGAAGUGAUGAAGACGAUUGCCUGUCCGGGCUAGACCUUAUAGCAGCAGAGGCAGCGGAGGUGCUUGCAGUGAGGCUGCUUGUAUCGGGUAUGCAGCCCGAGCGGGCGGCAAGCCCGUCUUUAGCAGCGCUUGUAGAAGCAGCGAUGCUGCCUUGUAGGGGGGACAGUAGAGCAGGAGAAAGGGAGGAUAGCAGGAGGGAGGAUUUAGAAAGGGAGGAUAUAGGCGGGGCGCAUAUAGGGAAGGUGGAUACAGCAGAAGGUGUGGGUGGUGGCUGUGGCACGAGUCAGGGCGCAAUGCAACAUGAGGAGAGGCUGAGGGGGGGGGUGGGGCGGGCAGUGGGGUGGGACGUGGAGAAGGCCGCUGGGUUGGGGCAGUCGGAGUGGGAGUCAGGUGCGGCUUGUACAGACAGACAUGCAGGGCCGGCUGGUGCAGACUGGCAUGCAGGGGAUGUGCAGGAGGAGGGGGAGAGAGGGGUUGGGGUUCUGGAGACAGGGGUUGGUUGGCAUGGAUUGCAGAUGCGGUUAGAAGGAGGGUCACAUGGAGGGUUACAACAAGGGCGGUUGCAAGAGGAAGAGUUACAACAGGAAGGGCCAGCACAGGAAGGGCCAGCACAAGGGAAGGCGUUGCUGGAGCAGUGGAGGCCGAAGCCGAGGAUAGUGGACUUGAAUGAGCCAUGGCGGGAGGAGGACGAGGACGAGGAGGCGCAGCAGGACGAGCAGGAGGCAGGGGUGGUGGGAGAGACGGUGGAGAGGGCAGCAACGGUUCGAGCUUCCUCCCCGCAUGCAGCAGUGCCCCCAGCAGCUGCGGCUCUUGCGCGUGCAGCCAGCCCGCGUGCUGCAGAGUUAGAGGCUGCUCACCCACACCCAGCAGUCGCCACAGCGCCUGCUGAUAGCCCACGUGCUGCGGAAUCCGAGCCUUUUCCCCCACAGCCAACAGCCGUCACGGUGGUGCCUGCAGCUGGUGCGGGCUGUGAGGCGGCCUUAAGGGCGCCUCCGCAGGAGUGCGUGGGUGCUAGCGCAUCUCUGCUUGUUUCCUGCAGCUCUGCAGGCGCAGGGCUGGACGGUGAUGGCCUUCAUAGUGCAGGCAUGUGGGAGAAGGGGGCAGGCCUGGAUGUGCUGGGAGGCCGAGGUCUAGUUGCGGGUGUGUCUGAAAGUGCAGGCAUGCGGGAGAAGGGGGGAGUUACGGAGGAGCAGAGGCGGGCGGAGGGGAUGUGGGGCGCGGGAGAGGAGAAGGAGCGGAAUGAGAUGAAAGGGGAGUGGGGUGGGAAGGCAGGGGGUGGGGAGAAGGGUGGGGAGAGUGAGAAGCGAGAGGAAAAGGUGAAGGUGGAGAGGGUGGAGAGGGAUGAGGGAGGGAGAGAGGGGAAUGUGGAUGGGGGUGUGAGGAAAGAGAGAGGAGAGAAGAGGAAGCGGGACAAGAGGGAGAGGGGCGAGAAGAGAGAGAAACGGGAGAAAAGGGAUAGAGGGGAUGAGAAGGGGAAGGACAGGGGACGAGGGGAAAAGGGAGAGAGGAGAGGCAAGGGGGAGAAGGAGAAGAGGCGUAAAGGGGAGAGGAAGGAGAAAGGGGAAGGGGUGAAAGGGGAAGAAGUGAAGACCGAGAAAGGAGUUAGGCCAGUGGGAAGAGGGGCUGGGGAAGAUGGGGAGAGGGGGAAGGAAGAGGAGGAGUGUGCUGAGGUUGAGGCUAAGAGGAGCAGAGCAGCAACGUUGGAGUCGAUGGUUGGGCCGCGGACAGCAGAAAUGCAGGAUAUCGGCGCAGCAAAAGCAGGGGCUGCAAAGGCAGAGGCAGUGCAAGCAGGGGCAGGUGUUGGGGUUGAUGCAGAGGCAACUGCUCUGCUGGGGGUGGUGGCGGGAGUGGCUGCGGCCCGUCAGGCUGAGCGAAGUGAGGUGAAGGCAGAGAUAGGAGAGAUGGGGGCGACAGGGGAGAAGGGAGCGCAGGGGGGGAAUGGGAUGGAGGAGGAGGAGGAGGUGAAGGAGGGGAAGGGAGGUGCAGGUGAGAGGGUAGUGGGGGAUAGGCAAGGGGUGGCGAGGGAGGGCGAGGGGGUCGAGCAUGAGGGUGGGUCGAAGGCCGAGGUGGUUAAACGGAAGGAAGGAAUGGCCAAGUCGGAGAGUGGGAUGAUUAGGGAUGGGAGGAUGGGAGAGGAAAGGAUGGGAGAGGGGAGGAUGGGAGAGGGGAGGAUGAAAGAGGAGGCAGUGGAGAAGGAGGAGAGGGGUGAGAGAGGAGAGGGAACGGUGAGAGAAGAGGGGAUGGCGAGGGAGGGUGGCAUAGCGAGAGAAGAGGGUAUGGAGAGGGAGGAGGGCUUGGUGUGUUGGAACGAUGAUGCGCUGUCAGAUGUGAGUGAGGACGCUGAUGCCGAAGCUAAUGCCGAUGCAAAUGCCGAACCUGAUGCCGAAGCUGAUGCCGAAGCUGAUGGCAUGGGCGCUGGAGGCUCUGCUGCUGAACCUGAGUUUGAACCUGAAGCGGGCCUACAGAGCGAUUCCUCCAAUGCUCACGGUCGACUCAAGCCCACAUUCUCUGAUGUCACCGAACCUGAUGCCUCUGAACCUGCAGUCUCCGAGCCUAGCUUUGAGGCUCCCCAGGGGCCUCAUGCCUCCGAACCUGACACGACGGAAGUGGAUGGUUCCGAAGCUGCUGCUGCUACCGAAGCUAUGGAUAUGGAUGCUUUGUUAUUGAGCCGACUCAAGCCUGCACUCUCUGAUGUCACCGAACCUGAUGCUGCCGAGCCUGAUGGUUCCGAACCUGAUGCUAUGGAUGAGAUUUCUCCUCUUCAUGUGCUCCCGGACUUGGAGGCAGCUUCGGCUCCAGGUUCGGCUGCAUCGGCUCUAGGUUCGGCAAGCAAGGGCCUGUCCUCUCCAGGUUCGACAAGCAAGGCCUCUUUGACUCCAGGUUCGGCAACCAGACCUAGCCAAAAGGUUCGGAAGGAGCAGGAGCAGGGGCGGAGGGAGCUUCAGGAGAUGAUGGGGGAGGAGAGUAAGGGAGAGGUGGUUUUGGAAAAGAGGAAGGGAGGAGAGGAGGAGAAGGGUGGAGAGAGAGAGGGGAGAGAGAAGGGGCGUGACAGUGUAAGGGAGGAAGGGAAAGGGAAGGCGAAGAAGGAAGAGAAGAGAGAAGGUGAGAGAAGGAAGGAAGGGGAGAGAGAGGGGUACAGGAGGGAACGAGUUCACAGAAAGAACUCGAGUUCGUCUUUUGAUGUAGGGCGGGAGAAGGGAGAGGAGGGGAGGAGGGAUAAGGGAGAGGAGGGGAGGAGGGAUAAGGGAGAGGAGGGGAGGAGGGAAAAGGGAGAAGUGGGGAGGAGGGAGAAGGGAGAGGAGGGGAGGAAGGAGAAGGGAGAGGAGGGGAGGAGGGAAAAGGGAGAGGAGGGCAAAAGGGAGAAGGGAGAUGAGAGCAGGCGAAGCAAGGGAGAGGAGAACAGGCGAGACAAGGGGGAAGAGAGCAAGAGGGGUAAGGGAGAGGAGGGGAAGCGAGAGGAGAGGAAGAGAGCAGAGAGUGUGGAUCGGCGAGCAGGGAGUGAGAGGAGGGAGGGCAGUGAGAGGAGGGAGGGGAGUGAGAGGAGGGAAGGGAGUGAGAGGAGGGAAGGGAGUGAGAGGAGGGAGGGGAGUGAGAGGAGGGAAGGGAGUAGACGGGGUGUGGAGAAGGGGAGGGGGCGGAUGAGCAGUGUGGAAGGGGAGGAGGACAGUGAGGAGGGCGGGAUUGGUAGGGGGAGCAGGGAGGAGAGAGGGGGGAGUAGGGAGGAGAGAGGGGGGGUAGGAGGGAGAGAAGCGAGGGAGGGUUCGAGUGGGUGGGAGAGGGAGAGAGAGAGGGAAAGGGAGAGUAUGUUGGGAGGACGUGGAUCGUGGAAGGAGGGAGAGGAGAGAGCGAGAGAGGGGAGGGAGGGGAGGGAAGGUAGAGAGGCAGGAGAUUGGAGAGAGGGAAGGGAGGGAAGAGAAGGGAUGGAAGGGAGGGAAGUCAGGGAGUGGAGGGAGAGCAGGGAGGAGUGGGAGGGAAGGGACGGGAGAGACGCAAGAGAAAGCGGCCGAGACAGAGACAGCGGCAGGGAAGGCAGGGAGGGGAGAGAAGGCAGAGAAGGGAGGCGUGAAACGGGGUUCAGCGAUUGGCCGUUAGACCUGCCUCUGGAUCCCGACGGCUUCCCCCUCCCGAUCGAUCCCAUGCUGCUCCCCCGCUCUGCUGCCGCCGCCGCCGCUGCUUCUGCUUCGUGGCGAGACGGCCCUAGUCCUAGGCUGUCGGGAGGAGGCGCAGGAGGGGGCAUGCGCAGGAGCCCUGACAGGGAGUUUUUCCUGGGGCCGGGGGGAGUAGGGGGGGCAGGGGGCGGGUGGGGUGCCGGGGGGCUUCACCCUCCCCCCCGCGGCCUCCCCCCUGGGCCAGGCAGGGCGUUUGGGGGAGCAGCGGGGGUGCCUAUGAGUCCCGCUGUCAUGGCUGCCGCUGCUGCUGCUGCCGCUGCUGCCGCUGGGAUGCCGGCGGGGUGGAUUGGGCCGCCAAUGGGGCCGCGCCACCUGGCGGCUCGCCGUGCUUCUGCUGCUGCGGCAGCUGCGGCGUCGGCUGGCGGGAUGGGGAUGAGGGGAGGGCCGCUGGGGGGGAUGGGAGGGGGGAGAGGGGGCGCUGGAGGGAUGGAGGAGCUAGUGGAGCUGCACAGAAGAGGGGGGGAGCAUGUGGGCGGGGGAGGGCCCAUCCGGGGGAGGCACAGCCUGCGGGAAGCUGCCGCGCUACGCCGCCCGGAGCACCUCGCGGCAGCUGGGUUUGGAAGAGGGGGCAUGCAUGAGGUUUGGCGGAGGGACGGGUGGAGGGAGGCUGGCAUGAGGUUAGGCCCGGGAGGUCCCGGACCUGGGAUAGGCCCGGGAAUGAGGAUGGGUGGUGGGUUCGGAGGGUAUGGGAUGGGGCCUGGACCUGGGAUUCCGUUUGUUGGGGGGGCAGGGGGGAUGUAUGGGGGGGGGGCAGGUCUCCCCCGUGACCCCAGGGAUCAUUUCCCCCUGGAGAUGUGGAGGGGGGGCGGGGGGAGAGGCAGUGACGGGGGGAGGGCGGAGGGAAGGAGGGAUUCGGAUGGGGGGAGGAUGGGGUGGGAUGAGCCUGGCAGCAAGGAGAAUGGGGUGAUGGGGGGAGGGGAGAGAGGGGGACUUGGGCCCCCCACACCUUCUGGGGGAGGCCCAGGGGGGAGAGGGGGGGUGGGGGGGUUUCAGGCGGAGGGAAAGGGGAGAGGGGGGUUUCACCCGUCGCCUGGGGCAGGGGAGGGGGACUGGGGGGCGAUGGGGAGCGUAGGGGAAGGGAGGGGAGGGGGAGAGAGGGGGGAGAGGGGAGGGGCGACAGGAGGGAGAUCAGGAGGGGGCAGUGAGUGGGGUUCGCCUGUAGGGGCAGGAUCGAGUGGGCGGAAGCAGCAGACAAGCGGAGAGGGAGGGGGAGGAGGCAGUGGGGGAAAGGAGAUGUUACGAUCUGCUAACGGGCACCGCCGCGACAACACGCGCCUGCUUCGGAAGGCUCCAGAGGAGGAGGAGGAGGAGGAGGAGGAGGAGGAGGAGGAGGAGGAGGAGGAGGAGGAGGAGGAGGAGGAGGAGGAGGAGGCGAUGCAGGCGGAGGGCGUGCGGGAGGUGGCCGUGGCAACUGGCCUGGAGGUGCUGUACCAGGAGACCCCCAACUACCGCGGAGCGGCGGCCGAGGCUGACCGCAUGAUCGAGCCAAGGGAGACGGCUAGGCAUGCCUGGCGAGUGCCAGACCUGGGCGUAGAGCCUGUUGCUAGUGCUGCAGAGGAGGCGGUUACUGAGGGGGGUUAG